AUGAGCCUUUUAGUGACUGCUUCCCCUCAUCUGGGUACUAGAACUCACAAUGGCUCUUCCAUUCCUACAGUCAUCAAAGGAGAACAGAAGUCCCCCUGGAAUUUAGUCUGUGGCCGACCUCCUCUUUCUCUCCGGGUGAUUGGGGGUGAAAAUGCCAGGGAGGGCAAAUGGCCCUGGCAUGCCAGCCUCAGACGAUUUAAACAGCACAUCUGUGGUGCCACUCUAAUCUCUCAUAGCUGGCUACUCACUGCAGCCCAUUGUAUUCCCAGACGACUGAAUGCCACUCAGUUCUCAGUCCUCCUGGGUUCUUACCACCUGGAUUCCCCAAGCCCCCAUGCCUUGGAGCAAAAAGUAAGGCAGAUCAUCCAGCAUCCUGCAUACACUCACCUGGAUGAGUCUGGUGGUGACAUAGCUCUGAUACAGCUUUCAGAGCCUGUGCCCUUCUCCGAGAACAUAUUGCCUAUCUGUCUCCCUGGAGUCUCUUCUGCACUUCCCUCAGGAACAUCCUGUUGGGUGACAGGCUGGGGAAACAUUGAAGAAGGAGGUAAGCUUGUUAGCAGUCCAGAUCAUUGUACUUGGAGCCUCUCCACACAGACCUUUAGCCCUGCUCUCUUUCAGAGCCACAAGAGCAUCUUUCCUCUCCCAGCUCCCCAGAUCCUCCAGCAGGCCCAACUUUCCCUCCUGUCCUGGGAGACCUGUGAGACACUCUACCACCAGGACUCCCAUCGUCCACUUAAGGUCCCAGUCAUUGAGUAUGACAUGAUCUGUGCUGGCAGUGAAGAGGGCACUGCAGACUCCUGCCAAGGUGAUUCUGGGGGCCCUUUGUCUUGCCAAUUAAAGGAUCGAUGGGUGCUAGGAGGUGUGGUGAGCUGGGGGGAGGUCUGUGGAGCCCCCAACCGCCCUGGAGUCUAUGCCAACGUGUCUGCCUUCAUCCCUUGGAUCAUCACUCAUGCUCCUGAAGUACAGCAGAACCUCGUCCCCUCAUCUGCCUCAUUUUAUGGCUAUCCCGAAUCUUCCAUUCUUUUGGGUCUAUUCUUAAUGAUAGCAGAGUGUCUACUGAUAGGGCUGUAA